CCGGCUUGUACUCUGUUCUACGAUCUUUGUACAAUGCGGCUUUUCGUAACCUCGAUUUUUGCUCUGCUCUUCUCUUUUGUGGUGGCCCAGGAUGAGACGCCCACACAUGGCGAAGGUGAGGAGGGAAGCAGCAUGGGCCCGGUAGCCUUCCUCUGGCCGCCGGACCGAGCUUGGAGUGCGACAAGUGACAACACUCCUCCUUGUGGAAGCUCCGAAGGACCGUCAAAUCGAACCCUAUUCCCACUCUCCCAAGGAUCCGUAGCUUUAAGCAUUGCGGAUGAUGCCUGGAAGGUUGCUUUUCGACUUGCAGUGUCGAACGAUCCGACAACGCAAGCCGAGUUUGAUGACCAAGUCGUAAACAACAUAUCAGAUAUUGAUCCCGGACACCAGUGCUACAAGCUUAAUCAACUCGAAAGCAUCGAAGCUGGAACAAAUGCCACGAUCCAGCUAGAGUAUUGGGCGGAAUACGAAGGCGAAAACAAUGGGAACAACCAGUCGUUUUUCGCUUGUGCCGACGUGACCUUCAUCAGGACAGAAGACUUCACCGCCCAAGUCCCUUGCUUCAACGUCACUAGCGACGACUUCAACGCGCCAAGUUCAACCGCGUCGUCUACUGGCCUUCCAGCUGCUUCUGCUACUGGACUGGCAGCAACUCCGUCUACUUCAAGUGCUUCAGGUAGCUCUGGUGGACUAUCCUCUGGAGCGAAAGCCGGGAUAGCGGUCGGCUCUAUAAUCGGUGGGCUAGCGCUCAUUGGGAUGAUUGCGUUCUUCAUGUGGCGAAGAGGUAAAGCAACGGGAUUGAAAGGAAAGGAUGAGUACGAGUUGAGGGCUAAGACUUUGACCACGCCGCCUGCUGAGGCGAGGGACGGAAACGGAAGCGGAUAAUGGUUGAUAGAGGAAUUGCGGAUCUUAUGAGGUAUGACCGGUAUUUGUAUUUCUGUUCGAAGGUUAACCGGGGCGGGAAUUUCUCAACGUAGGCUUUUGCGUACUUUCCAUCACUUGUCAUACACCAACACAGCCCUAAUCUCCACACUCUCCCGAUCCGCAAACUCGUUUCCCUCUCUUUCCGGAUCCUUGAACGCACAAUGCGGCGCCCGUCUUGCCAAUCCCUCCUCCACCUUACUAUCAAAGCACUUGAUCAACAGUACCUCAUCACUCUUCUGCUCAUUCUUAUAGUACCACUCAUGCUUCUCAUUCGGCAGGAUUGUCCACGUCCGAUUCUCAUUCAGCGGCGGUGGCUGCUUCGUAUAGAUAACUUUU